GAUGUUUCCGUCGGUUGGGAAGAAGAAGAGCGGAGUCGGGACCUGCUAAGUGCUGAUCGGCGUGUACUCUGGACCAUGGACUCAUUGAGGGUGUCCCAGGUGUGAAAAUGUCCAGCAGGAACCGGGAGUUAGUGAUUGACUUUGUUUCCUACAAGCUCUCGCAGAAGGGAUACAGCUGGAGUCAGCUGGAGGAGGAGGAUGAGAACAGGACGGACUUUGCAGGGGAGGAUGCCGAGACGGACGGCGUCCUCAACGGGAGCCCCUCCUGGCACCCACCCGCCAGCCACGUAGUGAACGGAGCCGCCGUGCACCGAGGCAGCCCGGAGGUCCGCGAGGUGGUCAGGCAGACGCUGAGGGAGGCGGGCGAUGAGUUCGAGCUGAGGUACCGGCGGGCUUUCAGCGACCUCACCUCCCAGCUCCACAUCACCCUGGGCACGGCGUACCAGAGCUUCGAGCAGGUGGUGAACGAACUCUUCCGCGACGGAGUGAACUGGGGUCGCAUCGUGGCGUUCUUCUCCUUCGGAGGAGCCCUGUGCGUGGAGAGCGUGGUCAAGGAGAUGCGGGUACUGGUGGGACGCAUUGUGGCUUGGAUGACCACGUACUUGACCGACCACCUAGACCCUUGGAUCCAGGAGAAUGGCGGAUGGGAAGCAUUCCUGAAAUGCCGGGUCCGGCUGUGCGCUGCUGCCUGGGACUGCCAGCGGGAG